AUGUGGACCAAAAAGUUGAUUGCUUUUGCUGCUCUAGCCUCUGCGAUACCAUCAGAGCCUAGGCUCGAGCCAGGUCUUGGCAUCGAACGGAAAGAUGCACUCACUGUCACUGAGGCGGAGCUCAAUCAGAUGAAAUUUUUCAUGGAGCAAAGCGCAGCCUCAUAUUGUAACUACAAGCAGCCAGUCGAUGCACUCAUUAGGUGUGAUCGAGUGGGAACCAUUAGUGGGCCGUGCCCUUCGAUCCAGAACGAUACCGUUCGCAUUCUCUGGACAUAUAUUGGCCCGGUUACUCAGGUUGCUGCGUACAUCAGUAUAAAUCAUGUGCGUAAGCAAAUUGUUUUUACUGCUCGAGGCACCCUAACUGGAACGGAGGGAGAUGUGAACUUAAACGUUGAUUUCAAGCCUUAUCCUGGCGUUGAUGGGGCUCAGGUUCACACAGGCUUCUAUGAUGCUUGGGACGAAAUGGCCGCUGCGGGUGCCAUUAAAGCAGUUAGCGACGCCGUUGCAGCCAACCCGGGCUACAGCAUUGUGGCCACUGGUCACUCUCUAGGCGGAGCUCUUGCAUCCAUGGCCGCCGCAAGCCUCCGUAAUACGGGCUUCUCAGUUGAUCUCUACACAUACGGUGCCCCUCGCCUUGGUAACGCUGCCUUCAAUCACUUCCUGGCCGGGCUACCCGGGGCUGACUAUCGUGUGACGAACGUGGAUGAUCCUGUCCCACGUUUGCCGUUUCUUUGCUGGGGGUAUCGAUCUCUUUCUCCGGAGUACUGGAUCUCUCAGAAUUUUACAGGUCCUGAUUACCCGCUUGAUAAUAUCAAAGUCUGCCAAGGAGACGCAAACCUUGAGUGCAAUGGCGGCACGCGGGGUUUUGGUUGGGAAAACAUACUCUCUCAUGGCACCUACCUUGGGCAUUCUCCCUGUCUCAAUAUCUUCGAUUUUCUCAGUAGCGAAGAAGCGAACAAAAACUGGGUAACGAGGCUUGCAGAGCUCAACAGUGAACAACCGUCCAAUGUUUUGGAAGAUCUUAUCUAUUGUGCACUUUUGGUCUAG